AUGUGUCUUGAAUAUGGAAAGCCGUCUCAAUGUAUUAAAAGAAAACUAACCAGAGACUUUAAAGAUCGAAGGCAUAAAACUUCUAGAUCAAGUACACCAGAACUUCGUGGAUAUUCAUCUGGAAAAUAUCAAUUAACACUUCCGGCUGAUUGUCUUAUUGAAAUAUUUUCACAUUUGAAAGAUGAUCAUAAAUUACUACAAUCGUGUGUUUUAGUCAACAGGUUAUGGUCUAGGAGUUCAGUACCUAUAUUAUGGGUUCGGCCUUUAAAAGAUUCAACACUAUUGUCAAUCAUUGAUGUUUAUAUGUCAUAUUUAACUGACCUUGAAAGAAUACAUCUAGUUGAUAAUGGUAUUUCUGUUACCAACCGUCGACAAAAUCCGAUCUUUGACUAUGUAUCAUUUUUGCGUCAUGUUAGCAUGGGAAGUCUUUAUACCAUAGUUCUUAAAUGGACAGACCGGACACAAACUUUCCUUUCUACUAAUUCAAAAUGGUAG